UCAGCCACGCGCGCCCCUGGGCUUAGGAAGCAACAGAUACGGGUAGCGCGUUUCGCCGCCUCUCGUAUUUGCUGAUGCAUCAUCACCAACGCCAGGCACACCACGACCGCGAUUCGUCGCCUAAAAUUACAAGGCAUGGUGGCGCCUCGGUAACAAUAUGAAGUAUUGACUUCGAAAGGUAGGAACUGUAUAACUUCAAGCUCAGUCCGCCGUGACAGCGGUGCAUCUCCAUCAGCCGUCGCCAGUCAUCCAACAUGCGUCCCUCCAGCUACAUCCCACUCCUCACCGGCGCUGCCAUUGCGCAAGAGUCCGUGACGAUCCUCAACUUCUUCCAAUUCGACAGCACCCUCACCGUGCUAGGUUCAGAUGCGAGUGCAACAACCUACGAGAACAGCUGUCCCUCAGAUGGAGCCGGUGUCUCUGUCGUGCCGUCUGAUCUUCGACCAACCCCAGACGACCCCUCAGAGACUCCCUCACCUACACCCGCGCCCCGCAUGCGCCGCCAGGACGAUGAUUCCAACGAGGACUACUCCUUCUGCGAGCCAUACACCAUCCUACAAGGUCCUGAGACGUACGAGAUGCACCUCACGGACCCGACGCCAGGCGCGUGGACAAUGGAUAUGGCAUGCAGUUGGCAGGGCGCAAUGUCAACGGCAGACUUGACUUGUGAUGUCACCCAAAGCGGAUACGUCCCUGAUCAGGCCGAUCAGGUCGCGUCGACGAGCGUCUUGUCGCAGAGCGAAAUACAGGAGAUGGAGGCGUAUCAGGUGGUUGCAUUAGUCACCGCAACUGGUGCGUCUUCUCCAGGAUCAGCGUCAGCGUCUGGAGGGCCAUCGCCUACUGGCCCGGCAUCAGGAACUGGGGCGACAUCGCCUUCAAGGUCUCAAUCCGGUGCCGCGUCGACACCGAGCACUGGUCUGGCACCUGCUGGAUCUAUCCCGACUGCGAUGGCCAUGGUGGGUGCUAUGGGCAUUUUUGCGGCAGCGGUAGCUUUGUAGGGUGUUGUAUGCUCUUGUGUGUGUGGGUCGCAUGAGGGCGUCCGGUAAGUCACAGCAUCUUGCAUCUUCGAGAUCAAGUUUUCAAUGAUGCGAAUAAUAUGGACUUCGUCGUCUCCUACAACACCUCUAUACUCAGAUGCUCCUUCCGUUGCUACUUGCUUUCCGGUAGCGUUGUACUGUGCAAGUGCGAGGUGAAUGUGG